AUGCGCUCCGCUCGUUUAGAGGCCAAGUUUGGCAACAAGUCGGAUUCCGACCAUGUACACACACCCAAGCUUCCAUCUCCUCCUGGCACCAAGACUCCUCCAACAGUGCCGCAUACUCGUGCAAAGGCCAACAACGAUAACGACAAUGUCGCCAAUCAAACCAAUGCAACCUCGACCGUUUCGCGCAAGACGUCAGAAGCUGUCGACCCAGAUGCCUUGAGCAAAGCACUACACCAGUUUGAAGAAGCCAGUCGCAACAGGGAACACACUCCNGGAGAGAGCCCCAAGCGCAAGAGGCAGCGCGUCUACACAGACCGCUUUAUACCCAACAGAGCCGGACAGGACCUUCACGCCAGUUACAACCUGCUACACGACCAAGGUUCUCCUGCCACACCGCAUCGAGCUAUCAAGAAGCCGCCAGCCAAUGAGCUUCAUGUCCAAAAGACCGACGAGGCCAACCGAACAUAUUCAUCCAUCCUCCGCUCCGAGAUGUUCAACGACGAGAUUCCUCAGUCCAUCCCACAGCAUGACAAGUCGCUGACCCCUCCCACUAACUUCAACCUUACUCCUUCGACGCCGCACAAGAACCUCUUCUCGUACAAAUCUACACAUCCCACACCUUCGUUAACGCCGCGCUCGCAUUCACGUACCGAGCGAGGGCCUAAUAUCAAUGCUCGUUCCGACAUCUACAGCUUAUCCCCCGUCAAGUAUUCGUCACAAUCCAUGCUACUCUCACCGCGCAAGACGCCCAGAGCUGUCAGUAAGGUUCCUUACAAGGUCCUCGAUGCUCCUGAACUGGCCGAUGAUUUCUAUCUCAAUCUUGUCGACUGGGGCUCAAGUGGUGUUCUCGCCGUCGGUCUGGGUGACAGUGUUUACUUGUGGAAUAGUGAGUCUGGAAAAGUCGAACAGCUGUGNCAAUUGACAGCCGACACCGUCACCAGCGUUGGUUGGAUACAAAGGGUACGUAUCGCUGGGGCAAUGUCGAGUGUAAUUUACGUUAACAUGUGUAGNGGCUCACAUUUAGCGGUUGGCACCGGCAGGGGACACGUCCUCAUCUUCGAUACUGUCACGCAACGGAGGUUGAGAACCAUGAUAGGCCACUCGGCUCGUGUUUCUUCGCUUGCAUGGAAUGCCCAUAUCCUCUCUACAGGCAGUCGCGAUCGUACUAUUCUCCAUCGCGAUGUGCGCUCUCCGCAACAAUACCUUACAAAGCUCGUGGGUCACAAACAAGAAGUCUGCGGUCUGCGCUGGAAUAGCGAUACGAAUCAGCUGGCAUCUGGUGGUAACGACAACAAGAUCUUCAUCUGGGAUGGUCUAGGCGACCGCUGGUUGCACCGCUGGGGCGAACAAGAAGGGGGCCACAAGGCUGCAGUAAAGGCUAUCGCAUGGUCCCCACAUCAACGUGGCUUGCUCGCCAGUGGAGGCGGUACAGCAGAUCGCUGCAUCAAGUUCUGGAACACAAUCUCUACGGCUCAGCAUUCUGCAAACGCCGCCCUAACGAGCGCAAAUUCGACACAUGCACAUCUGGACCUCACAUCCUCUUCAUUGUCGACAUUGCCGCAUCACGCCUCACCCGAUCCAAUGACCUCGACACCUCAGAACCCUCAUCUUCUGCGUACCCAUGACACUGGCUCGCAGGUCUGUAACCUCCUUUUCUCGACUUUGACAUCAGAGCUCGUGUCGACCCACGGUUUCUCUCAGCACGCCAUCAACAUUUGGAAAUAUCCAUCCAUGUCGCAAGUGGUCAGUUUGACUGGCCACACAUACCGUGUACUCUAUCUUAGCAUGAGUCCUGAUGGCAGUGUGAUCGUUACUGGAGCUGGGGACGAAACGCUUCGUUUCUGGGAUGCGUUCGGCGGCGUCGGCAAGGCCAACAGGAACGAGAAUAGCGUCACAGGCAAGGGAAGCCUUGUCAAAGAGUGGAACGUGAUUCGAUGA